AUGGAUGAUUUCCCAAACAAGAAGACGUACCGUUACCCUCGGAGGUCGCUGUCAUUGCAUGCGGCAGAUAGGGCCAGUGAGACUCGUCAAUUGAAUGAAUUGAAUUUAAACGAUGGGCUAGUUGCCGCUGGCCUGCAGUUAGUUGGAGUGGCGUUAGAGAAACAAGACAUAGGAUCACAUAUAUAUAUGAAACAGAAGAACUUUUCUGCAAAUGACGUAUCUUCGUCACCGAUUGUCUCCAAGAAAGUGAACAAAUUAGAAAUGGAUUUCAAUCCGAAAUGCAUGCCUCAAGAUACUAUGCUCGUGGAACGAAUGUUUGAUGAACUUUUGAAAGAUGGGACCUUUUUUUGGGGUGCUGCUUAUAAGAAUUUGCAAAAUAUUUCACUUAGAAGGAAAUGGUUGUUGAUAUGUAAAAUCCGUAGCUCGAACCAUUGGGGAAAUAAAACAGCGACUUCCGCCACGACAUACUCUACGCAUUCGGCCAUUAAUGAGCUUGUUGGAAACGAAAAUUUUUUGAAUGGCCUAGUUAGGAAUCUUUCAGAAGGAGGGAUGAAUUUGUCCAAGACCCUAUAUAAGUUGGAAAAAUUCCUGCGGAAACAAAACUUUUUGCAACUUUUCCUCAAGGAUGAAAUUUACUUGACAACGUUGCUCGACAAGACUCUGCCUCUCAUAUCCAAAGAAUUACAAUUUGUUUACCUGCGAUGCUUCAAAAUACUGAUGAACCACCCAUUGGCAAGAAUAAGAGCGUUACAUUCAGAUGCUUUAAUUCAUUGGUUUACCCAGCUUUUAACAGACCGUAACUCUAACUUAAAGUGCCAGUUACUCUCCAUGGAGUUGCUUUUACUAUUAACAUAUGUGGAAGGUUCAACGGGCUGUAAAUUGAUAUGGGACCAGCUUUCUCUGUUGUUUACCGUUUGGAUGGAAUGGUUUGACAAAAUACUUUCAGAUGAUAUCACAAUUCACACGUCCUUAUACUUGAACUGGAACCAAUUGAAAAUAGACUAUUCAACAACGUUCUUACUGCUGAUAAAUUCCAUCUUACAAGGAUUCAAUAAUAAGACAGCUCUGGAUAUCUUGAAUUUUCUGAAAAAGAAUAACAUUCAUAGCAUCAUUGCAAUUUUAGAACUAUCUUAUAACAAUGAUCCUAGUAGUGUCGUCAUCAUGGAACAGAUCAAACAAUUCAAAGCUAAGGAAACGAGCAUUUUUGAUUCAAUGAUACAAACUCGCAAUGAUAUGAAUCCACUUCAUCCAGCAAAAAACAUCACAAAUCCUGAGGGUGAACCCGUAUGUCUUGAAAAGUGCCUCUUAUUGAAAGCAAAAGAUAGUCCUGUAGAAACACCAAUAAACGAAAUUAUUCACUCUUUGUGGAAAAUUUUGGAUUCACAAAGACCGUAUUCGGAAUCCAUCAAACUACUGAAGUUGAUGAAUUCUUUACUGUUUUAUCUUAUCGAUUCCUUCCAAGUUCCAACAAAUCCUUCUUUUGAUGAGAAUAUAGAAUCGGCAGAGAAUGCGGACUCUGUUUUUCAAGAUUCUGUUAAUAAAUUAUUGGAUUCUUUACAGUCUGAUGAGAUUGCGAGAAGAGCAGUCACAGAAAUUGAUGAUCUUAAUAAAAAAAUAUCUCAUUUGAAUGAAAAGCUAGAUCUGGUGGAAAAUUGCAGUAAAGAUCAUCUAAUAAAGAAGCUGGAUGAAAGUGAAGCCUUAAUAUCCCUGAAAACCAAGGAGAUUGAAAAUCUAAAAGUACAAUUGAAGACUAAUAAGAAAAAAUUAGACCAGAUUACCACGCACCAAAGACUAUAUGAUCAACCAGCUUCAUUAACAAGCAGCAACGUGAGCGUUAAUGGUUCAACAACAAUUAAUAACAGUCAAGGUAAUCUCAUCUUCCAAAAUCUAGCAAAAAAGCAGCAGCAGCAGCAAAAAAAAAACUCGCUACCCAAGCGUUCAACUAGUUUACUAAAAAGUAAAAGAAUUGCGUCCCUAUCAUCAUAUCUAAUUGAUGAAAAUAAUGUAAAUGAAAGUCAGAACAGUUCGGGAGACAAAUUGAAAAACCUAUCAUUUCAAACAUCCACCUCAUCCAUUAAUUUUAACAUACCUUCUAUGAAUAAUGUUGCUGAUAUGCAAAAUGUCUCACUAAACUCAAUGCUUUCGGAUUUGGACUUUUCAAAUAAUCUCAAUACUCAACCUAAUUAUCAAUCCUCUCCCGUGCUGUCUUCAAUUUCUUCAUCACCGAAACUAUUCCCCCGACUUUCUUUAGAGAGUCUUGAUAGUAACAUUCAACUGGUAUCUGAAGUUAAUCAACUACCCCCACUACCUCCUCCUCCUCCUCCUCCGCCUCCUCCACUUCCGCAAUCUCUUUUGACUGAUGCGGAAGCCAAUCUAAAAUCAGAUAAUAUUCCUUGUAUUUCAGCACCUGCUCCACCACCUCUUCCAGAUCUGUUCAAGGCCGAAGAAUCUUCUGCUAUUCCACCACCACCACCUUUACCUGAGUCUUUAUCGAUGUAUAAGGGACCUUCAAAUAAUGAUUUAGUCACACCUCCAGCUCCGCCUUUACCCAAUGGUCUUCUUUCAUUAUCCUCAGCGUCUAUUGAUUCAAUGACAGUCAAUUUGGCACCGGUCCCUACUGAAAAACGCCUGAAGCAAAUUCAUUGGGAUAAAGUGGAAGACAUCAAAGACACACUUUGGGAAGAUGGAUUACAACGCCAAGAAACCAUUAGGGGAUUGCAAACAGAUGGAAUUUUUUCUCAAAUUGAAGACAUCUUUAAGAUGAAAAGUCCGACUAAAAUUGCAAAUAAAACAAGCGCGAUAUCGUCAACGGUUUUAUCUUCAAAUAAUGGUAAAUCUUCAAACGAAUUGAAAAAAAUAUCGUUUUUGUCAAGAGACUUAGCUCAACAGUUUGGUAUCAAUUUACAUAUGUUUUCGCAACUAUCUGAUAUGGAAUUUGUAAUGAAAGUGUUGAAAUGUGAUAACGAUAUUGUUCAAAAUGUCAAUAUACUGAAAUUCUUUUGUAAAGAGGAACUAGUAAAUAUACCAAAAAGUUUGCUUAAUAAGUACGAACCGUACUCUCGGGGUGAAAAUGGUAAAGCAGCGAGUGAUUUACAAAGAGCUGACAGAAUAUUUUUGGAGUUGUGUAUUAACUUGAGAUUCUAUUGGAAUGUAAGAUCAAAAAGUCUUCUGACGUUAUCAACAUACGAGAGAGAUUACUAUGAUUUGAUUUUCAAACUACAAAACAUUGAUGAUGGUAUUUCGCAUUUGAAUCGUUCAGAUAAAUUCAAGAAUUUGAUGUUCAUUAUUACAGAAAUCGGUAAUCAUAUGAAUAAAAGAAUUGUCAAAGGCAUCAAAUUGAAGUCAUUGACCAAACUUGUCUUUGUCAGAUCCAGCACUGAUCAGACAAUGUCAUUUUUACAUUUCAUAGAGAAAAUCAUAAGAAUAAAAUAUCCUGAUAUAUAUGGCUUUGUGGAUGAUUUGAAGAAGGUUGAAGACCUAGGUAAAAUUUCAUUAGAACACAUUGAAAUAGAAUGCCAUGAAUUUCAUAAUAAAAUUGAGAAUUUAGUUACCCAAUUUCAAACAGGGAAACUAUCCAACGAGGAAAACCUAGAUCCGAGAGACCAAAUCGUUAAAAAGGUCAAGUUCAAGAUUAACCGGGCGAGAAUAAAGAGUGAAUUAUUGAUGGAUCAAUGUAAAUUAACCUUAAUAGAUUUGAACAAACUAAUGAGGUACUAUGGCGAGGACCCCAAUGAUAAAGAGAGUAAGAACGAAUUUUUCCAGCCCUUCAUUGAAUUUCUAACUAUGUUCAAAAAAUGUGCCAAAGAAAAUAUCGAAAAGGAAGAAAUGGAAAGAGUGUACGAACAAAGAAAGAACUUGCUAGAAAUGAGGACAAAUGGUAACAAGAAAUGUGAUGGAAAUGACGAAAAUGAAGGCGAAGAAGUAAACACGGACGCUGUUGAUUUACUCAUCUCUAAAUUACGCGAAGUGAAGAAGGACCCUGAACCUCUACGAAGAAGAAAAAGCACAAAACUCAAUGAAAUCGUCGUAAAUGUGAAUGAAGGAGAUACAAAAACAAGGAAAGGUGAAAGCCACGUUCUACUGGAGAGAGCCCAUGCUAUGCUGAACGAUAUUCAAAGGAUCUGA